GUCAUAUGACUUUCACUUCCUGCUCCGCGUGCGGCUCAGUCACAGACGGGAGCCCAGCCUCGCCAUGGACGGCAGCGCUAUCCUGGGUUUGUUUCUGAUUCUGGGAUGUGGAAUCCCCCAGUCUCGCACCACAGACGUGACUGUAAAGGAUAAAGAUGGCAAGAUAUGCAUCUAUAACAGCCUGAUGGCCAACUUCACUAUCGUCUACAAAACAAACACCACUAAUUCUACUGCAACUUUACGUCUGCCAGAGACCGUGGACACGGAUGGAAGCUCGUGUGGUACCAACAGCUCUGUGUUGAUGAUUGGUUUUGGAGAAGGUCAUUCCCUCUCUGUAAACUACUCGCUGAGUAAUAAUUCUUACAGAGCAGAGGUCGAAGUCUUCACCUACAAUCUCAGUGAUACGAGCAGCUUUCCAAAUGCCACUGAAAAGGGCUUGAAAAGGGUGGAAAUCCGUUUGCAACCUUAUGACAUUCCCGUGGACACCACCUACCGGUGCAGGAGCGACGAGUCCUUUGAGAAGGAUGGCAUCACGCAGACCUUUUGGAAUGUGACCUUGGAGGUGUUCGUACUCAACGGCACUGUCAGCCAGAACGAGACUGUGUGUCCAGAAGACACCCCCGUGACCCCAACGCCCACCACCGCUCCCACAACUGCCCCCAACACCACCGCUCCCACAACUGCCCCCAACACCACCGCUCACACCACGGCUCCCAAUGCCACCACGACUGCAGCCCCCACCACCACCACGCCGGCGCCGCCCCUGCCCCGCCCAGAGAAGCACGCUUACAACAUCACCGACGGAAACGGCACAGUCUGUCUCCUGGCCACCAUGGGCCUGCAGGUCAACUACACGCUCAAUGGAAAGGAUUGGUUGCAGGUGAACAUUAAUCCCAAUAAGACUAAAGCUGGCGGGAGGUGCAGUACCGAUGGCAGUGAGUCCACCUUGACGCUGGAUGACGAAGAGAAGACUGUGGCCUUCAGCUUUAACAAGAGCAAUUCCAAGAAAUUUGUCCUGCAGGGAGUGUCCGUAAAACUAAGUUUAAACGGCUCAAGUAUUUUCAACAGCAGCAACAGCUCCCUGGGUUACUGGGAGGCAUCUCUCGGCAGCUCCUACAUGUGCAACAAGCAGCAGACCUACAGUAUCGCCAGGGACCUCUCCAUCACCACCUUGGAGCUCAGAGUGCAGCCUUUUGAUGUGAAAGCUGGGAAGUUUUCUACAGCUCAGGAAUGCUCAGUGGAUGACACCAGCAUUCUAAUCCCAAUUAUUGUUGGCGCUGCUCUGGCAGGCUUGAUUCUCAUUGUAGUGAUUGCAUAUGUGAUUGGUAGAAGAAAGACCUACGUUGGAUAUCAGACCCUCUAAAACAAUCAUUUGCAGUUAACUUAAUGGAUUGAUGCUGAAUUUUUUUUUCUUCUUUCCAGGGGCAAGUGCAAGUUCCGUUUUGGUCCUGUAAUACAUUUAAAAUCUUGCGCACAUACCAGAUCUGAGCCUGGGUGACUGAAGUCAGUCCACAGGGCAUGCUUUUAAAGGGCUGUGUAGCACCGGCCAUGAGACGGACUGUGGUGGGAGAAAUGAGCAGUGCCACCUGGCGCUCUGGCGUGGUUACAGCACCUUGUGUGUGAGCUAUGGUGCAGCAGUGACUGCUUGCAGCUUACUGUGGUCCUACUUGGCAAAAAAUUAUCUAAGGCUGCCAGAGAACCUGGGACUUCAGGCUUGUUUUCCCAAACUUCAGAAACUGUUUUCCCAAAGGCAGGGGGGGUGAUGCUCUGUUUCAGCUGAGACGUUGAAAUGUGGCUUCCCCCCCUUUCUGAGCCCCGGUGCCUGGAAAAAGGUUUGCUGCUCACCUUAACUUUUUCCACUGGUUUUCCUUGCGCAGGCAGUGGUAGUCCGAUAUCUGAUGGUCUGGUCUUGUUUUAAGUGGCUUUCCUUAACAUUAUGCAGAAUGAAACUGAACCUGCACUUGCUUCCUCCAUAUGGCAUUCCCUGUGUUGUGUUCAUGUAAUUUUAUCGGUGUAGUCUCAGGCGCAACUAUUGGCACACUUCCAUCUGCUCCAAUGUCAUUCACUCAUUUACCCAGUGUAAGAGCACUGUACCUCAUUUCUCUAGGUUGAUUGGACUCUUCUCUGUCCUCUCACACUAGCCAAAGCUUACUGGUGGAUUAAGCAAUUCGGUACUCCCACACUCUUCUGUGGAGUGUUUGUUUAGCCCAUUAGACAUCUUGGCCAUCUCUAGGAUGAAGAUGCUUAGUAAACGUGUAUUGUCUCAGCUUUGCACUUCAUCACUUGGUGAAGAACAUUGCUGUGUAUGGAGUGUCAGAUACUUUAGUCUGCGACCACAAAGCUCAACCUUUGUUCUGAGUUUGCCUUACCUACAUCUGAAGCAGGAAUGUUUGUCAAGGAAUUUGCAAAAGUGCCGUUCCCUAAUUCUCCCUGUUCCCUGUGAAAGACUCUUGAGCAUUCUUUCACACUGGUCCUCUGUAACGGAUUCUGUAACCGUGGCAGGGCUGUAGCCUCAAUACAUACUGCUCUGCCUGUUGUGCUUAGUUACUCCUCGUCUUCUUGACAUUAGCUGCCGAAUCCCACUGGAUGUCACCAGGGAUGUUAGUUUUCUCAAUACUUUAGUUGAAACUUGUUUUUAAAUCAGUUUGGGGGUCCGUCCCCCCCCCGCCACAGACUAAGUCUCUUGUGUUUGUUAAUCCACCUUAUGCUAUCCUGUUAGCGUUCCACACAAAAUCCUGUUCACCAACAUUCGUGUAUUUCAAGACAUACCUUUAUCGAAGUGGAAUAAAAGUGCGCCUGCACUGACAAACUUCAAAACAAAGGUUGAGCAGUAGCUUUUAAAAACAAUUUACAGUCUCUUGGCAUUAGGUUGAAAAAGGGAUAGUCCUAUAGAAUAUGUAGGAAAUAUUUGUGUUCAUGUAGCUGAUUGUUUAAACUGCUUUUAUUUGCACUUUGCUAUAACAAUCAAUUUUUGCAUUUCCGUAAACUGGCUGCUUUGAUACAUUUGUCAACGAUUACUGUGCUGUUUAGCUGUGACUUGCUCAGUACCUUAACAUACCAGUGUAUCGGGGAUCAGGAAAGGAUUAAUUUCAUGGCCAAAACAUCUGCACGUAAAUGUAUUUUGGGCUGUGUCAUUUUUUUGUAAAAUCAAUUGCAUGCUAAAUAUCAGAUCUCCUAGUAUUAACCAUCUGAAUCAAUACAGCUUUUAACCACUUUAAAGUUCAGUUGAUUUGCCUGUACAGUAACCUAGUUUAUUGCACCAAAACUUUAAUUUGACCCUUUUCUAAAUCAAGACUGCAAGAUUGCCAUAGAAGCCACAGUAUUUUAUCUCAAUAUACCACUUGCUGUUCAUCCACAGUAACUUGCAGCCAUCCUGCUACUCAUUACACUUGAUAGUUUAUUGAACAGCACACCCAAAUAAGAGGUGAAUUUAUGAAUUGCUUGUAUCUGAAAUUGUUUUCCAAAUGCACUUUUUUGUUUCUCCAAAGAAAUUAAUAGUAGCGCAGAAUCGUUCUGGGGGUGUGGGCUGGUAUUCCUGGUGGGACGUGUCCUUUUUUUAGAUAAAAUAGCCUUAUACCUGUAUUAAUAAUACUUUAUUAAUCCCGUAGGGAAAUUUCAUCAAUUUCCCUACGGGAUUAAUGAAGUAUUAUCUAUCUAUACAGACUUAACAAUCUCUCAUGCACUUUGGGUCGAUCUGUAAAAUGUUUAAAAAGUUCAUGCACACCUAGUUCUU